CCGGUAUCGACGUUAAUAGCCCUUCACGUAAAGAGAAUAUAUUUGCUGGACUCUUUCCGGUUCACCCUAUCGAACUGCACCACGUCAAUGGAGAAUGUAAGCUUUGCAACAAACCCUUCCAAGCUGAGGAGCUUCUCGCCGGUCUCAAAUGCGAGCCAAACACACGUUCCAUCAGCGGUGUCUUCAAUCAUAUUGGGACAACUCAAGCUACAAAUAUAACCAGUGUCCAAUGUGGGACACUCCUGCUUAUGACAUGCCGGGAAACGCAGGUAUCUCUCCUGAAGUCUACAACGUUUAUGAUCUCCCAGACGAUGGUGAUGCCGCAGAUUGAGAGAAUAAUGAGCUCACUACGAUUGAACUUAGCACCAACUGGAAGGAAUACCACCGUCAGGAUAUUAGAGUAGUAAGUGUAGAGAUGUCUCAACUCAGAGAUCUAAGGAGAAAAAUGGAGAAGGAGAGGAUGGAGGAGUUUGCAGAGAAAAGAUUAAGCUACAAAUUUAUCGGAUACGCGAUCGGAUCCGAAAAGUUUGAGGUUCGGCAUAGUGUGAGAAGAAGGGCAACGGGCCAGGGCCUCUUUGAUUAUGAAGAGCCUGAAUCUCGUGAACCUACAGAAGCGAGCUCAGAUGUAGGGCGACAUAUAGUGACCUAGAUUAAAUAAGUCAAUGCUAAUUUUGAUUGAGGAUGAAAUCAACUCCGACGAUUCAGAUGAUGAUGAUUAUUUCUAGGGUCGAGGAGCGGAAAGCA